GGCAGUCGCCAUAGUGAGUUGCCAUGCCUCUCCUCUCCAAGAUGGACGCAGACAUGCUGCUGCUCAAGAAACAGACGGAGGACAUCAGCAGUGUCUAUGAGAUCCGGGAGAAGCUGGGCUCGGGUGCCUUCUCCGAGGUGAUGCUGGCCCAGGAAAGGGGCUCUGCUCAUCUUGUGGCCCUCAAGUGCAUCCCCAAGAAAGCCCUUCGGGGCAAGGAGGCUCUGGUGGAGAAUGAGAUUGCGGUACUCCGCAGGAUCAGCCACCCCAACAUUGUGGCUCUGGAAGACGUUCAUGAGAGCCCUUCUCACCUCUACUUGGCCAUGGAGCUGGUGACCGGUGGUGAACUGUUUGACCGCAUCAUGGAGCGGGGCUCCUACACGGAGAAGGAUGCCAGCCACCUUGUAGGGCAGGUCCUCGGGGCUGUCUCCUAUCUUCAUAGCCUGGGCAUUGUGCACCGGGACCUCAAGCCUGAAAACCUCCUCUAUGCCACACCCUUUGAGGACUCCAAGAUCAUGGUCUCUGACUUCGGCCUGUCCAAAAUACAAGCUGGCAACAUGCUAGGCACAGCCUGUGGGACCCCAGGAUAUGUGGCCCCAGAGCUCCUGGAGCAGAAACCCUACGGGAAGGCCGUAGAUGUGUGGGCCCUGGGUGUCAUCUCCUACAUCCUGCUGUGUGGGUACCCCCCCUUCUACGACGAGAGCGACCCUGAACUCUUCAGCCAGAUUCUGAGGGCCAGCUACGAGUUUGAUUCUCCCUUUUGGGAUGACAUCUCAGAAUCAGCCAAAGACUUCAUCAGGCACCUGCUGGAGCGUGAUCCCCAGAAGAGGUUCACCUGCCAACAGGCCUUACAGCAUCUUUGGAUCUCUGGGGAUGCAGCCUUGGACAAAGACAUCCUGGGUUCUGUCAGUGAACAGAUCCAGAAGAAUUUUGCCCGGACCCACUGGAAGCGAGCAUUCAAUGCCACAUCGUUCCUACAUCACAUCCGUAAGCUGGGGCAGAGCCCAGAGGGUGAGGAGGUCUCCCGGCAGGGUAGGAUCUGUUACAGCCACCCAGGCCUUGGGACUAGCCAGUCCCCCAACUGGUGACAACCAGGUGGAUGCCAAAGAAGACCAAGUGGACUGACUCCCAGCUUUUCUUUCCUCCAGCCCUUUUGGUCUCCUUCCCUGCCCCUUAUCUCCCUAGCUGGCCUCUGCUGGAAAGUUUGAGACUGUGGGUGUGCUGCAUG